AUGGCGGGAAGAAGCGCGGCGUCGGCCGCCGUGAUCGCGCUCCGUCGGGCCCUCGUUUUCACGCUCGCGGAGUCGCGCGCUGUCCAACCCCCCCGCGUCCACCUUCUCGCGUGGAGCGUGCCCCCGCGCGAGUGGAUAACCCGCGACUUCGGGGGUUCGCGCACGAAUCGCGGGCAUUCGACUUGGCACCGGUCGAGCGCGCCGCGUCGUGUCCCGAGCAGGGGACUGCACGCGUCUGCGUCGUCGCGUUCGCACGACGCCGAGGCGCUAAAUCGUGGCGACCAGAGCUGGGCCAUCACCACCCCGAUCAUCUCCGAUCAGGUUUCCAUACCCGACGGGGUCGUCGGAGACGUCGUGGAGAUACCAGUCGGGGUCGGGGACGUGGUCGACGAGGGCACGCACGCGGUGAUCAUCGAGACGCACAAGGCUUGCCUGAACGUCAAGGCGACGGGACACCGCAGGAUGCGAGUGGUCGAGGUGUUGACGCGAAUAGGCCAGGAGGUCAAGGAGGGCGACAGGUUGCUCAUGGUGGAAAAGGCGGACUGA